AUAGCGGAAACUCAGCACGAAAGGAGGUCAAGUUCCAGUCUUCGGCUGGCUGUCGCUCGCGGCUCCCAACCCAAAGUCCUUUUCCGGGGGAAGAUUUCCGGAAAAGCGAUACCGCGUAAGUCCACAUACUCCCUCCCAAAAACCCUCAGCAACGCUUCCCCCUCUCCCCUCUCGUUCGCAAGACCUGAUCCGAAAGCCCCUUCUUUCCCUUGAUUUGUCGCUCUUCCAGUCGAAAUUUUCUUCUAUCGAUGGUUGAGGACGGGAUCUUUUUCUCGAUUCGCAGGCCUAGAGAUUUCUGUGUCCAACUACGAGUUUAUCGAAUAUGGUGUCUCAAUAGAAGAAUCUAUACAUUGGCCGCUUGAAACAGCCAAAGAUUCAACCUUUUUUAACCGUUCCAGGUAUGUUCUCUGUGGCCGCAGAUGAAUUUUGGAGCUGUCAUGACGGAAAUAUUGUCUUCUAGGAUUUCAUCCCCGAGUGGAACGCAAACUAAUAGACACAGCUUUCUGCUCGGAAUAAUAAUUUCAAGAAGGUUUAUUGACACAACUAGAGUGUAGAGGGGGGAGAACUAGAAAGGGGAGUAUUUUUGGUGUACUUGCGCUACUAUGGAGUCACUGUGGAAGCUUACAUACUUGCUUGAACCUGCAUCUCUCGCCCUCAUAGUGACAGCAAUCUUCGUGACGUUUGCAUCGGCUUCCCGAGCUCUGGAUCAUGGCAAGGAGAUGGAGAGGAAUCUCGAAUUCUCGGAGGCAUCCAUCACAUUAGACCGGUCCCAAGCACUUAUGAUCCCCCUCGCAAGCUCUUGCAGCCUUUUGUUAAUGUUCUAUCUUUUCUCGUCAGUGUCCCACCUUGUUACUUCCUUCACAGCCAUUGCGUCAGCCUCUGCGCUCUUCUUUUGUCUCUCUCCUUAUGUUGCCUGCAUCAAAUCCCAUUUCAAUUUAAUGGACCCAUUUGUCUCCAGAUGCUGCUCCAAGUCUUUUACACGUAGCCAGGGAAUACUAUUGUUGCUAUGUAUAGGAACUGUAGUGGCCUGGCUCGUUUCUGGGCAUUGGGUGCUGAAUAAUUUAUUGGGUAUUUCCAUAUGUAUAGCAUUUGUUAGCCAUGUACGGCUACCGAACAUUAAGAUCUGCACUUUGCUUCUUGUCUGCUUAUUUGUGUAUGAUAUUUUCUGGGUCUUCUUCUCGGAGAGGUUUUUUGGAGCGAAUGUCAUGGUCUCCGUUGCAACGCAGAAGGCAUCUAACCCAGUGCACACAGUGGCUAACAGCUUGAGCCUUCCAGGUUUGCAACUGAUAACAAAAAAGCUAGAACUGCCUGUUAAGCUGGUCUUUCCAAGAAAUUUAAUGGGUGGGCUGAUUCCUGGGAGCACUGCUGGAGAGUACAUGAUGCUGGGCCUUGGAGACAUGGCCAUUCCUGGAAUGCUUCUAGCUUUGGUCUUCUGUUUUGACCAUCGAAAGAAUAGAGAUAUGGACAUUUCAUUGGAGACCUUUUCCUCAAAAGGGCAUAAAUAUAUAUGGUAUGGACUUUCUGGUUAUGCAGCUGGACUGAUCACUGCUUUGGCUGCUGGGAUCUUGAGUCAGUCUCCUCAACCUGCUCUUCUUUAUCUGGUUCCGUCAACUUUGGGGCCUGUUAUCUUCCUGUCAUGGUCAAGAAAUGAACUAAGGGAACUCUGGGAAGGAGCCAGACCAAUUUCAAAUGACAAGGCUCAUUCAAUGGAGGUUUGAACUGCAUCACCGUUCACAUACUGCUGAAAUAUUCUUCCAUGUAAUUUUAUUUAAAGACAACAGAUGUGGCAUUCAUGCUUAAGAGCUAUUUAUGAAGUUGUUCUCUAUUUUCAUUGUGGUGCUUA